AUGCAGUUCCCAGCGGUUUUCAGUGUGGUUCUGUGGGAUUGUCAAGGGAUGAAGUGGAUGGCCAAGAAGGCGGAGGAGGAGCCCAAGGCUCGCUGCAUAUCGCGUGGUGCUGCGUCGCGCGUGGCAUUCGUGGUUCAGCGCGCCUCCGGAAAGGGCGACCGGAAGGGCGAGGGCAAGCGGAAGGGAGGCAAGGCAGCAAGAGCCGAAGAGGAGGACUGGAGCUGGACGUGGACAGCCGACAGCUACUCCGACUGGUGGAGCUGGAACGACUGGGGCUGGGAGACGAAGCCCAGCAAGGGUCAAGGAGAGACAAAGGAGUCCAAGGGAAAGGACAAGGGCAAGUCCAAGGACUCCGCAAAGAAGGGCAAAGGCGACUUCAAAGACAAGGACGAUGGUGAAGAGAAGGGCAAGGGCAAGGGCAAAGGCAAGUCCGAGGAGAAGGGCAAGAAGGGAGGCAAAGGCUUCGCCAAAGGGGGCGAAAGCAAAGGUGCAGCCGGCGAGACCAGGCACGAGGCGAGCCCGAAGACCGUCGCGGAGGUGGAGGCCGAGAUGGCCAAGGGCGGCAAGGGCAAGGUCGAGCGCGUGAAGCGCAGUGCCGACGCUGGUGGGAGGCAGCCCAUCGAAACAAAGGGCGAGAUCUGCCAGGUGCACAAGCACAGCAGCAUGGGCUGUGCUGUGGUGUCGAUGCAAUCGGCGGCCAUGAGGGAGGCCAUCAUGAACUUCGCUGAGCAGAGGUUUGGCCGGAAUGCCAACGGCCGCGUGCAAAUGGACAUCGGUGACGUGAAGGUGCAGCUGAAGCGGCACACUGACAAGCAGACCAAGCGAGAGGUCGUUACCGACAUCUUCGUUGCUUGGGGGCACCAGCAGGAGAAGGACUCCCCGCUCACGGUGGAGGACAUUGCGGAGCGGUUUGACCAGCUGUACCAAGAGGCUUGA